UAGUGUAACCAUGGUUAAACAAACCCAACAAACACACCACCACCUUCUUCCAUCUUUAACUCCUGCUUCAACUCCUCACUUGCACACUGUCCAAACUCACUCUCUUCACUUCCAUACAUUCUCUCUCUCUUACCCAUUUCACCAAAAUGGGUCACCACUCAAACCUCUUACUCCUCUUGUCACUCACCGCCAUCGCGGCCACCGUCUCCGCCCACAACAUCACCGCCAUCCUUUCCGACAACCCAGACUACAGCGACUACAACAACUUCCUCAGCCAGACAAAACUCGCCGACGAGAUCAACAGCCGCCAGACAAUCACCGUCCUUGUCCUCAACAACGCCGCAUUCUCCGCCGUCUCCGGCAAGCACCCACUAGCGGUAAUUAAAAAAGUCCUCAGCCUCCUCAUUCUCCUCGACUACUUCGACCCAACAAAACUCCACCAAAUCUCCAACGGCACAACUCUCUCCACCACCCUCUACCAAACAACCGGCAACGCCGAGGGAAACGCCGGCUCCGUCAACAUCACCGACCUCCAAGGCGGCAAGGUCGGCUUCGGCUCAGCCACUCCCGGCUCCAAACUCGACUCAACAUACACCAAAUCCGUUAAACAAAUCCCUUACAACAUCUCCGUUCUCGAGAUCUCCGCGCCGAUCAUCGCGCCGGGUAUCCUCUCGGCUCCUCCGCCGUCAGCCGACGUUAACAUAACGGCGCUCAUCGAGAAAGCCGGCUGCAAAACCUUCGCCUCAUUAAUCGUUUCUAACGGCGUCAUCAAGACGUUCCAGUCAGCAGCGGAUAAAGGCUUGACCAUCUUUGCGCCGUCUGAUGAAGCUUUUAAGGCACGUGGCGUCCCUGAUUUAAGCAAGCUCACCAACGCUGAGGUGGUCUCGCUCUUACAGUAUCACGCCUCCGCUAAGUACCUUCCCGUUGGAUCUUUAAAAACCACAAGGGAUCCGAUCAGCACUUUGGCCACCAACGGCGCCGGAAAAUUCGACUUCACCGUUUCAGUCGCCGGCGACUCAGUCACUCUUCACACCGGCGUUGAUUCUUCGAGGAUCGCUGACACCGUGUUGGACUCGACUCCGCUCUCUAUUUACACCGUUGAUAGUGUCCUCCUUCCAUCUGAGUUGUUUGCGACGUCUCCGUCGCCGGCUCCGGCACCGGAACCAGCCGGUGCCCCUUCUCCGUCUCCUGCUUCGACUCCUUCGCCGGCAUCUGCUCCUUCUCCGCUUCCCGCUUCUCCUCCGGCUCCCGCAGGUGAGACGCCAGCUGGUGCUCCGGCGGAUGCGCCGUCGACAGCGGCGGAGCGUAGUUCCGGCAAGUCUGCAGGUGUUCACGUGAAAGCUUCUGCGGUUCUUACGCUUACAGUGACUGCUUUGUCUGCUAUUGUGAUUUCCUCUGUUUUCAUGUCCUGAUUUGUAAUUUUACGGUAUUCUGCUUUUGUUUUGUAAUUUUCUUUAGUUUUUUUUUUCUCUCUCUCUCGUUCCUGAAUGUGAUUGGUUUGGAGAAUUUUUUUAAUAUUUUUUGUUAAAAAUUAAUUUAGGCAUGUGAUGCUGUACGUGAAGGUUUCGGUUUUUUUU